CCUCCUUCCGAGCACACACCACCUCUGCAACCUGAGAAGUGCCCCAGUUCUACGCCAGCGACCACCAUGGCGGAGACGAACAACGAAUGCAGCAUCAAGGUUCUCUGCCGAUUUCGGCCUCUGAACCAGGCAGAGAUCCUGCGGGGAGACAAGUUCAUCCCAAUUUUCCAAGGGGACGACAGCGUCGUUAUCGGAGGGAAGCCAUAUGUCUUUGACCGUGUGUUCCCCCCAAAUACGACUCAGGAGCAAGUUUAUCAUGCAUGUGCCAUGCAGAUUGUCAAAGAUGUCCUUGCUGGCUACAAUGGCACGAUUUUUGCUUAUGGACAGACAUCUUCAGGGAAAACACAUACCAUGGAGGGAAAGCUGCAUGACCCCCAGCUGAUGGGAAUCAUUCCUCGUAUUGCCCGAGAUAUCUUCAACCACAUCUACUCCAUGGAUGAGAACCUUGAGUUCCACAUCAAGGUCUCUUAUUUUGAGAUUUACCUGGAUAAAAUUCGUGACCUUCUGGAUGUGACCAAGACAAACCUUUCUGUGCACGAGGACAAGAACCGAGUACCAUUUGUCAAGGGUUGUACUGAACGCUUUGUGUCCAGCCCGGAGGAGAUUUUGGAUGUGAUUGAUGAAGGGAAAUCAAAUCGUCAUGUCGCUGUCACCAACAUGAAUGAACACAGCUCUCGAAGCCACAGCAUCUUCCUCAUCAACAUUAAGCAGGAAAACAUGGAGACUGAGCAGAAACUCAGUGGGAAGCUGUAUCUCGUGGACCUGGCUGGGAGUGAGAAGGUCAGCAAGACUGGAGCAGAGGGAGCUGUGCUGGAUGAGGCAAAGAAUAUCAACAAGUCACUGUCUGCUCUGGGGAAUGUGAUCUCUGCAUUAGCAGAGGGCACUAAAAGCUAUGUUCCAUAUCGUGAUAGCAAAAUGACACGGAUUCUCCAGGACUCUCUGGGAGGAAACUGCCGUACAACUAUGUUCAUCUGCUGCUCACCUUCCAGCUACAAUGAUGCAGAGACCAAGUCCACCCUGAUGUUUGGACAGCGGGCAAAAACCAUUAAGAACACUGCCUCAGUGAAUCUGGAGUUGACUGCUGAGCAGUGGAAGAAGAAAUAUGAGAAGGAGAAGGAGAAGACUAAGGCCCAGAAGGAGACAAUUGCAAAGCUGGAGGCAGAGCUGAGCCGGUGGCGCAAUGGAGAGAAUGUACCUGAGACAGAGCGUUUGGCUGGGGAGGAUGCAGCCCUGGGGGCUGAACUCUGUGAGGAGACCCCUGUGAAUGACAACUCAUCCAUUGUGGUGCGUAUUGCACCUGAGGAGCGGCAGAAAUAUGAGGAGGAGAUCCGCCGCCUCUAUAAGCAGCUUGAUGACAAGGAUGAUGAGAUCAACCAGCAAAGCCAGCUCAUUGAAAAACUCAAGCAGCAAAUGCUGGACCAGGAGGAGCUGCUGGUGUCCACUCGAGGAGACAAUGAGAAGGUCCAGCGGGAGCUGAGCCACUUGCAGUCAGAGAAUGAUGCUGCAAAAGAUGAGGUGAAAGAAGUGCUACAGGCCCUGGAGGAGCUGGCUGUAAACUAUGACCAGAAGUCCCAGGAGGUGGAGGAAAAGAGCCAGCAGAAUCAGCUGCUGGUGGAUGAGCUGUCCCAGAAGGUGGCCACCAUGUUGUCCCUGGAGUCUGAAUUGCAGCGACUCCAGGAGGUCAGUGGACACCAACGAAAACGAAUUGCUGAAGUGCUGAAUGGGCUGAUGAAGGACCUGAGUGAGUUCAGUGUCAUCGUGGGCAACGGGGAGAUAAAGCUGCCAGUGGAGAUCAGUGGGGCCAUUGAGGAAGAGUUCACUGUGGCCAGACUCUACAUCAGCAAAAUCAAAUCAGAGGUUAAGUCCGUAGUCAAGCGGUGCCGUCAGCUAGAGAACCUCCAGGUGGAAUGUCAUCGCAAGAUGGAAGUGACUGGGCGGGAGCUCUCAUCCUGCCAGCUCCUCUUCUACCAGCAUGAGGCUAAGAUCCGCUCGCUAACGGAAUACAUGCAGAGUGUGGAGCUGAAGAAGCGACACCUGGAAGAGUCCUAUGACUCCCUGAGUGAUGAGUUGGCCAAGCUCCAGGCCCAGGAAACUGUGAAUGAAGUAGCCUUGAAGGACAAGGAGCCAGACACUCAGGAUGCAGACGAAGUGAAGAAGGCCUUGGAGCUGCAGAUGGAGAAUCACCGGGAAGCUCAUCACCGGCAGCUGGCCCGGCUCAGGGAUGAGAUCAAUGAAAAGCAGAAGACCAUUGAUGAGCUCAAAAGUCUGAAUCAGAAGCUGCAGUUAGAGUUAGAGAAACUUCAGGCUGACUAUGAGAAGCUGAAAAAUGAAGAACAUGAGAAGAGCGCCAAGCUUCAGGAGCUGACAUUUCUGUACGAGCGACAUGAGCAGUCCAAGCAGGACCUCAAGGGUCUGGAGGAGACAGUUGCCCGGGAACUCCAGACCCUCCACAACCUUCGCAAACUGUUCGUUCAAGACGUCACGACUAGAGUCAAGAAAAGUGCAGAAAUGGAGCCCGAGGACAGUGGGGGGAUUCACUCCCAAAAGCAGAAAAUUUCCUUUCUUGAGAACAACCUGGAACAACUUACAAAGGUUCACAAACAGCUGGUACGUGACAAUGCAGAUCUGCGUUGUGAGCUUCCUAAAUUGGAAAAACGACUUAGGGCUACGGCUGAGAGAGUUAAGGCCCUGGAGGGUGCACUGAAGGAGGCCAAGGAGGGUGCCAUGAAGGACAAGCGCCGGUACCAGCAAGAGGUAGACCGCAUCAAGGAGGCUGUGCGGUACAAGAGCUCGGGCAAGAGGGGCCAUUCUGCCCAGAUUGCCAAACCUGUGCGGCCUGGUCACUAUCCAGCAUCAUCUCCCACCAACCCCUAUGGCACCCGGAGCCCUGAGUGCAUCAGUUAUACCAACAGCCUCUUCCAGAACUAUCAGAAUUUGUACCUGCAAGCCACACCUAGCUCCACCUCAGAUGUGUACUUUGCUAACUCCUGUACCAGCAGUGGAGCCCCAUCUUCUGGUGGCCCCUUGGCUUCCUACCAGAAGGCCAACAUGGACAAUGGAAAUGCCACAGAUAUCAACGACAAUAGGAGUGACCUGCCCUGCGGCUAUGAAGCUGAGGACCAGGCCAAGCUUUUCCCUCUCCACCAAGAGACAGCAGCCAGCUAACCUCCCACACCAAUGGCUAUAUAACCUGCACUUUCAGUUUCUAAGAGGGACUGAGGCCUCUUCUCUCAGCAUGCUGCAAUCCUGUGGUCUCUGAUACUAAUUCCCUCCCCAACCCCUUUUGUUGGACUGUACUGUUUGAUGUCUUCUCUCACUUACUAUGUAUCUCUUUGUACUCUGUAUCUAUAUAUCAGAAGCUGCUGCUAUGUAUCUCUUCUCUCUCUCCUACUCUUAAGUAUCUAAUGAUGUAUUUAGCAAUUUCUAAGCAUAGUCUAUCCUCCUUAUUUGGGGCAAUAGGGAGGCGGGGGAAUGUUUCUUCUUUCUCAUAUAUUCAUCUCUCACACUGAAUGGUGUUAGUCACUGAGCAGAGGACACAGAGAUGAUAAAAUGAGAAAUGGGAGCUAGAGGGCUGUGAUCCUUCUCUCUCACAAACACGUGUGCACAUGCAUGCACACGCGUGCGCACACACACACACGCUCUCUCUCUCACACAUACACAUACAUAUAAAGCCUUAAGCAGAAGAAUGUUUUAGCAUCCUAAGAAGACAGAGAAAUAGGCUCUUCCUCCCUUCUCUUUAAUGUAUAGCACAGGGGAGGGUGAAAUGGAAGGGCUAGUAAAUUCUUCAUACUCCCCUCACCUAAAUCAAGGGAUUCCAAAUGUUUACCUCUGUCCUACAAAGUCUGCCUUUUGCCUCUUUCUUCCUGUUUUUCCCAGAUGGAGACCAUGGCUUGCUCAAGUGACCAUUUUCCUUUCUUGUCCAAGCCCCUUUUGAUAUUCUCCAAAGUUGAAUAUUAUGAAAAAUUAAAGAGGCAGACCCCUUCCCACAGUCUGCCAAAUGGCUGCUCAUCUUUCUGUGGUAAUAGUUAUAGGCAAGUAUAGUCAGAAGGAUUGCUUCCUUGGGUUUGGGGAUUGAAUAGGGUGGAAAAUUGCUAAGUGAUUUGUGUCACAGUGUCCUCAGGUUGAUGUAAUGAGCUGAAUUCCUUUCUCCCAUAUUGGGUUACAUGUUCUUUCCAUCUUUACCUUUUGGUUUGGGGACUUCCAGUUCAUUGGCAAAAAAGCUGUUUCAGAUGCUUUCAUUUCAAAAUGGAUCCUGGCUUUCCUCUAGUAUAAGUUGUUCCCCAUAAAGAGUUCCUUCUUUAAUGUCCCUCUGUAGUAUCAAGUGCACUUUAGGGAAAGACCGGGCAGAUUUUCCAGAGGUGGCAGAGCCCAAGGGCUUGACCCAGGGCCAUUCCCCCAGUCAUUCUCAGCCCAUGUACCCCUGUUCUCCCACAGUUAAGAAGAUGGUUGCUUGAGUUCCAGAUGGUCCUUUCCCUCCACAUGGUGCUAAGGUGGUUUUUCAGGUAACUACAGGGAUGAAGGUCACUAGGUAGCCCAAACCAAGAAGUGAAGUCUGGUGUUCAGAUAUCCAGUCUUACCUAUGAUAGAAGAUAGAAACCUUCAGCAUCAGGGAAGCCCAUCACCUGGCUUCUUCUAAGUUAGGAAAGAAGGUCAGUGCCAGUGCCAGCUGGUAAAUACAGAGAUAGGGCCUAUGAGUCUUUCAAAGGAAAGAGUCCUUGUUCCCUUUACCUGUUGAGCAAUUUAGCAGUUAAGGACAAAAUCAGAGGGGUAUGAAAUAAAGCCAAACUGCUGAUUUUCAAACACUUUUCAAAAUAAAUCUUAUAUAGAACUCCAACAUAAAAAAUAACAGACUAGGGAUGUAGCUCAGUGGUAGAGACUGCCUAGCAUGUGCAAGGCUUUGGGUUCAAUCUCCUGCACUACAAAAAAAAAAAAAAAAAGGAGUGGGGGUGGGAA